AUGCCAUAUGAUCUCCUGCUGGAGGAAGCCAGAGGUCUUCGAGUGGAUGAUGUUCAAGACAUGUUACGCCUCUCCUGUGAGCAGCUCGAGGCCGACUGUAGAACGUCUAUGGCUCCUGAGAGUGAGUUGAGUAGAGCUGGAGACGAUGUCAGUGGGUUGGUUUCCUGUGAAGAGGUGUCUGCUGUCCUCCAUGCCCACCGCCGAUGGGAUGAUGGUGCCAGAGCAUCAGAGGAGAGCUCACUGCGCGCUCUGGAGAGUCUCCUGACAGAGUUCUUCCACAGCUGUACAACCAACGAGCGCAAGAGAGAGAUUGAAGAGCUGCUGAAUAACUUUGCUCAGCAGAUGGGAGCAUGGCGCUACUGCUUGUACUUCCUCUCCAACACUCGCAACGAGUAUGUGAUGAUGUACAGUCUCACAGUAUUUGAGAACCUGGUCAAUAAGAUGUGGCUGGGAGUAGCCUCACAGGACAAGAUGGAGCUCCGUAGCUGCCUGCCCAAGCUGUUGCUGGCCCAGCACAAAGCUAUGCCCUUCUUCAUACGCAACAAACUCUGCAAAGUCAUAGUGGAUAUUGGUCGUCAGGACUGGCCCAUGUUCUACCAUGAUUUCUUCACCAACACUCUUCAGCUGAUCCAGUCUCCUACCAUGUCCUCCCUGAGGCUGGUUUUGCUCAAGACCUCGUCCGAGGAGCUGGCCUGCCCGCGGGAGGAUUUGAGCGUGGCACGGAAAGACGAGCUGCGCAAACUGUUGCUGGAGCAGGUCCCCACAGUGCUGGGACUACUGACAGGUAUCCUGGAGACGAUUUGGGAUAAGCACAGUGUUACGGCUGCCACCCCCCCUCCCUCUCCCACCUCAGGAGAAAGUGGAGAUUUGCUGGGCAGUCUAUUGCAGGGCACCCAGUACUCCAAGCUGCUAUCCCAGCCCAUCCCAUCACUGGAUGAUGACAGUGAACAGUUGUGCUACCUAGCUCUAGAGUGUCUAGCCCAUCUAUUCAGCUGGAUCCCCCUUUCUACCAGCAUCACCCCUUCCCUCCUCGCCUCUAUCUUCCACUUUGCCCGUUUUGGCUGUGACCUGCGGGUCAAGCCCAAGACUCCCCCUUCCAUUUACUUGUUGUCCUCGUCCAAUGGCGAGCAUGCUCCCCCUGCCAAUGGCGGUGCUCGGCCCGGGCAUCAGACGGGAGGUGGCAGCGGCAGGCAGGUGGACAGGUCGCGGCUGGGAGUGCUGGCCAUGACAUGCAUCAACGGGCUGGUGUCCAAGAACUGUGUGCCACUGGACUUUGAGGAGUACCUGCUGAGGAUGUUUCAGCAGACUUUCUUCAUGCUACAGAGGCUGACAAGGGAGAACAAUGCACACACCAUCAAGAGCUGGCUGCAGGAGCUGGACGAGAGUUAUCUAGAGAAGUUCACUGACUUUCUGCGCCUGUUCGUCAGCGUGCACCUUCGGCGGAUCGAGUCCAACGCUCAGUUUCCUGUGGUGGAGUUUUUAGCCCUGUUUUUCAAGUACACUUUCAAUCAGCCCACCCACGAAGGCUAUUUUGCCUGUUUGGACAUCUGGAGUAUCUUCUUGGAUUAUUUAACCACUAAAAUCAAAAGUAGGCUGGGUGACCAAGACAGUGUGCUGAACAGGUAUAAGGAUGCUUUAGUGCUGCUAUUAAAAGAGGUUCUCAACCGAAUCCAAUUCCGAUAUAAUCAAGCCCAGUUGGAGGAGCUGGAUGAUGAGACCCUGGAUGAUGAUCAACAGACUGAAUGGCAGCGGUACUUGCGGCAGAGUCUGGAGGUUGUUGCCAAGGUGAUGGAGCUGCUACCGUCCCAUGCCUUCGCCACGUUUUUCCCUGUCCUUCAAGAGGACUUGGAUGUGUACCUGGGUUUGCAGCAGUUCAUCGUCACUUCUGGAAGAAGUCAGAGACUGAACAUCACAGCAGAGAAUGAUUGUCGGAGGCUGCACUGCACCCUCAGAGACCUCAGCUCCCUACUUCAGGCUGUCGGGAGGCUGGCUGCGUAUUUCAUUGGGGACGUUUUCACCGCACGCUUCAGCGAUGCGCUAGCAGUGGUGGAGAGGUUGGUGGAGGUCACAUGCUAUGGCUCUCAGAUCAGCCUGUAUGACUUGGAGACUGCCGUGCCAUCUGUGCUCAAGCCUGACCUCAUCGACGUCCAUGCCCAGUCCUUGGCGGCGUUGCAGGCCUACUCCCACUGGCUGACUCAAUUCUACAAUGAGGUCCAGAGGCACAACCAGAGCCGCUUCAUCAGCCUCGUCACCUCCACCAGCCUCGUCACCUCCACCACACCACUCAUCACUGCCAAAGUACCCGAAAAGUUGCUGCUGUCGGCAUGCCAUCUCAUGCUGUCCAUGGCGACCACCGUGCGUCCUGUUUUCCUGGUCACGUUGCCCGCCGUGCAGAACAUCUUCAACCGCAUCACAGAGAGCCAGACUCGCAGGCUCCCCCAAGAGGCCCACAUGCUCGUGUGCAGGGCUCUGUCCAACAUGCUGCUGCUGCCUUGGUCUAACCUGCCAGAGAGCGAGCAGCAGUGGCAAACCCGCUCCAGUAGCCACGCCAGCCUGCUGGCUGCCCUUACCCGCCACUACCGCCUACUGAGCACUGCCAACCAGCCACCACACCGCCUUGGCCUGGAAGACAAUGUGACAGAUGAGAUGCUGAGCUUCUUCUUCACACUGUUUCAAGGCCUGCGUGUUCAGAUGGGCGUGCUCUUCACCGGACAUAUUAUACACAUCUUCCUCAGCAUGUUCACCAGGGAGCAGCUGGCAGCCAGUAUCUUGCAGGAGGGCAGCGCAGGCUGCCGAGUGUUGGAGAAGUUCCUAAAAAUUCUCCAGGUGGUGGUUCAGGAGCCCGGCCAGUCCUUCAAACCCUUCCUACCCAGCAUAAUAUUUAUCUGCAUGGAGCAAGUCUACCCUAUUGUGGCUGAGCGUUCUUCUCCAGACGUCAAGGCAGAGAUGUUUGAGCUGCUAUACCAGGUGCUUCACCAUAACUGGAGGUACUUUUUCAAGACCUCUGUCCUAGCCAGCGUGCAGAGGGGGUUGGCUGAGGAGGCCAUGGAGAACGAGGCCCAGUUUAGUGCUGCCAUGCAGGCUUUUGGGCAGUCUUUCCUGCAGCCGGACAUCCACAUCUUCAAGCAGAACCUCUCUUAUCUGGAGUCCCUCAACAGCAAGCACAAGCUCUACCAUAGAAAGCUGUUCCGGACAUCCAUGCUGUUUCAUUUCAUCAACGUGCUCCUACAGGUGCUCCUCCACAAAAGUCACGACCUGCUUCAAGAGGAGAUCGCCCUGGCCGUGUACAACAUGGCCUCCGUGGACUUUGAUGCCUUCUACUCCGCCUUCAUGCCCGAGUUCCUCAAUGGCUGUCAGAGCGUGGACGCCAACCAGCGGGCGGUGCUCUGCCGCAACUUUAAACUGGAGCGGGACUUGCCCUCCUUCACUCAGAGUGUGCACAGACUGGUAAACGACCUGCGUUAUUACAGAUUGUGUAAUAGCAGCCUUCCUACGGGCACUGUCAAGCUAUAGCACAUCGCCCAUGGGCGCGCUCCACACAGCUCAGAUUUUCAACAUUGGGGUCUGUCUAAACCAGUGCUGGCCACUCCCCUCCUAUCUACCCCCUCUACUUCUGAGCCACCACCUCUAUUGAGCCUCCCAGGGGGAUAGGAACUCCACAUGGGCUGGCCUGUCUUUUGGGUUGGGAGGGGUUUGGGUUGAAGAUUCUCUGAGAAAAGUACGGACUGGCGGUUGUGCUCUUGGACCUUCAUUUCUGCUGUAGAGGGUUUUUAUUAUUACAUUUCUUAGCAACGCCCUCCUUCACUUGUCUGUUGCCAUUGAUGAUGACGAGGCCAAAUUGAUGGGCGGCAAGAUGGGCAGACCUGGUCUUGUCUAGACCCAAUUUAAACCCAGACUGAAGCGGUCUGAGACGGGGGCCAGGCUGGGAUUCAGCACUUUCCAACUGGAUUUUGAGUUUUUAAAACAAACGUGUACGCUUUUAUUGAUCUUGCCUUCAGUUUUUCAUUUCCAAAGGAGACAGACUUUCAACUUG